AUGUCGUCAGAAAGCCCCGAGUACUCCCCGUUCUUCGCAGUGAUGGGAGCCUCUGCGGCUAUGGUCUUCAGCGGUAAAGUUAACUAUCACAACCCUCGUUUAAUCAUAUGUCUCAUAUGCCUCGUUCGAUCAUAAGCUGUGUGUGUGUGUGUGUGUGUGUGUGUGUGUGUGUGUGUGUGUGUGUGUGUGUGUGUGUGUGUGUGUGUGUGUGUGUGUGUGUGUGUGUGUGUGUGUGUGUGUGUGUGUGUGUGUGUGUGUGUGUGUCGUGUUACUCUCGGCCGAAAAGGAAUUUUGUGUCGAAUAUGGAGCGGGCAAGAAAAAAAAAAGCUAGGAGGAUGCGGUUGAUUGUUAUAUAACUGUCCAUCACACCUGUCAUGUGAGGGGGUAGGGAUUCGGCCUGGAGAUUUCCAUCAUAGCAGAUGACGUUGCCAUUAACGAAACAAGCUGGCCAAUUUCUAUUGAUACAGUUUGAUGUACACAACAGGUCAAACGUUUUAGAACACCUACUCAUUCAAGGGUUUUUCUUUAUUUUUACUAUUUUCUACAUUGUAGAAUAAUAGUGAACACAUCAACUAUGAAAUAACACAUGGAAUCAUGUAGUAACCAAAAAAGUGUUAAACAAAUCAAAAUAUAUUUUAUAUUUGAGAUUCUUCAAAUAGCCACCCUUUGCCUUGAUGACAGAUUUGCACACUCUUGGCAUUCUCUCAACCAGCUUCACCUUGAAUCAUUUUCCAACAGUCUUGAAUGAGUUCCCACAUAUGCUGAGCACUUGUUGGCUGCUUUUCCUUAACUCUGCGGUCCGACUCAUCCCAAACCAUCUGAAUUUGGUUGAGGUCGGGGUAUUGCGGAGGCCAGGUCAUCUGAUGUAGCACUCCAUCACGCUACUUCUUGGUAAAAUAGCCCUUACACCGCCUGGAGGUGUGUUGGGUCAUAGUCCUGUUGAGGAACAAAUGGUAGUCUGCUCAACUUGCUCAAUUUCCACAUUAUUCAUUACGAGACGUAGUUGAGGUUUAGGGUUUAGUGAAUGAUUUGACCCAAAUACAAUGCUUUUAGUUUUGGAAAUAUUCAGGACUAACUUAUUCCUUGCCACCCAUUCCGAAACUAACUGCAACUCUUUGUUAAGUGUUGCAGUUAUUUCAUUUGCUGUAGUCGCUGAUGUGUAUAGUGUUGAGUCAUCCACAUACAUACACACACUGGCUUUACUCAAAGCCAAUUGCAUGUCGUUAGGAAAGAUGGAAAAAAGCAGGGGGCCUAGACAGCUGCCCUGGGCAAUUCCUGAUUCUACCUGGAUUAUGUUUGAGAGGCUUGCAUUAAAGAACACCCUCUGUGUUCUGUUAGACAAGUAACUUUUUAACGACAUUAUAGCAGGGGGUGUAAAGCCUUAACACAAGUUUUUCCAGCAGCAGACUAUGAUCGAUAAUGUCAAAAGCCACACUGAAGUCUAACAAAACAGCCCCCACAAUCUUUUUAUCAUCAAUUUCUCUCAACCAAUCAUCAGUCAUUUGUGUAAGUGCUGUGCUCGUUAAAUGUCCUUCUCUAUAAGCAUGCUGAAAGUUUACAGUAAAAUAGAGUUGUAUCUGGUCAAACACCAUUUUUUUCUCCAAUAGUUUACUAAGGGUUAGUAACAGGCUAAUUGGUCGGCUAUUUGAGCCAGUAAUGGGGGCUUUACUAUUCUUAGGUUGCGGAAUGACUUUUGCUUCCCUCCAAGCCUGGGGGCACACACAUUCUAGUAGGCUUAAAUUGACAAAUAUGGCAAAUAGGAAUGGCAAUAUCGUCCGUUAUUAUCCUCAUUGUUAAUAGACAAUACUUUUUUCACCUCUUCCACAGUCACUUUACGGAGUUCAAAAUUACAAUGCGUGUCUUUCAUAAUUUGGUCAGAUAUACUUCAAUGUGUAGUGUCAGCAAUUGUUGCUGGCAUGUCAUGCUUAAGUUUGCUAAUCUUGCCAAUGAAAAAUUAUUAAAGUAGUUGGCAAUAUCUGUUGGUUUUGUGAUGAAGGAGCCAUCUGAUUCAAUGAAUGAUGGAGCUGAGUUUGCCUUUUUCCCUUGUUUCAUAGGGUUGUUUCUUCAUCUUUUUAUUCAGUUUAGUCACAUGAUUUCCCAAUUCGCAAUACGUUUGCCAAUCGGUUGUGCAGCCAGACUUAUUUGCCAUUCCUUUUGCCUCAUCCCUCUCAACCAUACAAUUUUUCAAUUUCUCAUCAAUCCACUGUGAUUGUAAAAACUGUUGUCAUUUUAUUAAUGGGUGCAUGCUUAAUAGUAACUGGAAUAAGCAAUUUCAUGAAUGUGUCAAGUGCAGUGUCUGUUUGCUCCUCAUUAUACACUACGGACCAACAUAUAUUCUUUACAUCAACAACAUAGGAAUCACUACAAAACUUAUUGUAUGACCUCUUAUACACAAUAUUAGGCCCAGCCUUUGGAACUUUGGUUUUCCUAGAUAUGGCUACUAUAUUAUUAUCACUACAGCCAAUGGAUUUGGAUACUGCUUUCAAACAAAUCUCUGCAGCAUUAGUAAAGAUAUGAUCAAUACAUGUUGAUGAUUUCAUUCUAGUACUGUUUGUAACCACCCUGAUAGGUUGACUAAUAACCUGAACCAGGUUGCAGGCACUGGUUACAGUUUGAAGCUUUCUCUUGAGUGGGCAGCCUGGUGAAAGCCAGUCAAUAUUUAAAUCACCCAGAAGGUAUACCUCUCUAUUGAUAUCGCAUACAUUAUCAAGCAUUUCACACAUGUUAUCCAGAUACUGGCUGUUAGCACUUGGUGAUCUAUAGCAGCUUCCCACCAGAAUGGGCUUUAGGUGAGACAGAUGAACCUGUAGCCAUAUUACUUCAACAGUAUUUAACAUGAGGUCCUCUCUAAUCUUCACAGGAAUGUGGUUCUGAAUAUAAACAGCAACACCUCCACCAUUGGCAUUCCUAUAUUUUCUGUAAAUGUUAUAACCUUGUAUUGCUACCACUGUAUCAUCAAAGGUAUUAUCUAAGUGCGUUUCAGAGAUUGUCAGAAUAUGAAUGUCAUCUGUUACUAGCAUAUUAUUGAUUUCAUGAACCUUGUUUCUUAAGCUACAUAUGUUAUCCUGGGCUAUUUUGAGCACUUUUCUUCUGGGAUGCUUACUUGUUUUUAUUGCUUUACUGGGAAGCUUAGCAGCAGUAGAUGUGCUCAUGUUCUUUAUGUUAGUGUAGGGUGAGCUGGCCACGGUGGACUGCCUCCUCGGGCACACCGGCUCAGUGCUAACAGUAUACAUCUGGUUCCUAGGCACAUGAUCACUGCAGGAUCAGCAGAGGCAACCAGGACAGCUAGAGGACACAAACCAGGUUACCCACAUUGUGUCUACCAACGCCCCUGAUGUAAUGUACACUUUCUUAAGCAUUUUGACAACUCUGCGUCACAAUGGUAGGGAUUAGCUGAGCUGAGCUUGGGUCAUUGCUAAGUCAUUGUCUCAACGCAGCCUUAUAAUGAUGUGAAAGGAUCCAGGAACCCAAAUUAUUUGGGUGGAUCCCAUCCUCCUUAUAAAAUGUGUUUUCUUUCCUAAAAGUAUCGAUACACUCAUUGAGCUGCAAUAAUCACGUAGCCAGUUGUGAAGAGCAAGAAUCCUGCUGAAGCGUUCAAUUCCACGAUUCAGAGAGGGCACAGGGCCAGAUAUGAUGUUUUUUUUGUUAGUGUCUAGCAGAGAGUCAAUCGGCUCUUUUUAAAAUCCAGUUUCAACUGUUCAGAGCUGCCCUUCAUAAUGUCAUUAUAUCGAUAGAAUCGAUUUCCAUGUCCUGACAUAGAACAUUCGGGGGCAGCUUAGUAAUGUCAUUUACUCGAGCUCCGGGAUAGGACAUUGUUUUUGCACCAGGAACGGUCACAUUUCUUACCAUGGAUCUGUCCAAAAUCACGGCUGGCGAGAAGGAUGAGGAAAUCCGCCUACUCCCACGCUUCACAGGAUGCAGGCCUCCGACAGAGAAUCCCCACUCGAUCCAGAGCAGGGACGGAAGGUUGCCGACGUCGACUUCGAAAUCGUAGUAGUAGGCACUGCAGCCGCAAACACAGGCACCCCCAGCGACGAUGUUGCAGGAAGAUCAGGCUCCAGGAGGGCGACACUAUUCGUUGUUUGUAUCCGCUCCGGGCCUCUCGUGGGGAGUGUAGACUGCUUUGCGGGAGGUUGCUGUCUUCGGUUUCCACGGCUCGUGACAUGCGACCAUCAUUGAUUGCCUUUCUCCUCAUGCUGUGCUCCUUCGACGGCGCUAUCAGAUGGGGGAGCUCCGGGCAACACUGGCCGGUCAGAUAACGACAAACGACAAGGCGGAGAUGCUUGAACGCCGUCCAGCCACCGGCGUAGAAAAUGUAAACAUUCCACUCUGUCUUCCCCAGUUUCUUACGUAGGCUGGCGACCUGUGUGAUCAAGGAAGCCACCUCAAGCCUAUAAUCCUCGGCAAGUAAGCAAUUGCCGCAUUGGAACUCCGAGUGAUCCGGUUUGUCCCAAAAAAAAAGCGUAAUACAGCUCCUACAGCGCUGGAACCGUUAAUUUAGUUCUCCAGACAGAGGGCUCCAUUGCAAAACUCAUCUGGUACCAACUUCGUUAGCUUGAUGGCUAGCAGCUUAGAGUCUCUGUCAAGCAGGCUUCAACCUGUCUCUUAAGCGCGAUUCCGGGACAAGAAAUAGCUGUUAAACGCUAACCGCGUCGUGGAAUUCAGGCAAAAAUAUGUUCUGUAUUCGUAUUUUGUCAUCAAUGCAAAGGGUGGCUAUUUGAAGAAUAUAAAAUAUAUUUAACGCUUGUUUGCAACUGUUGGACUAAUGAUUACACCCUAUAUCAGCUAGAUCCAGGCAAGAGUGUGCAAGGCGUGUGAGUGUCACUGUCUGUCACCUCAAAUGUUUAUCUCGACCUCUGUGCACCUAUGUUGUAAUCUUUCAUCCAUAGGUUAGGUUUUAGCAACCUCAUGUUGGGUAUAGGGAAAAUUUGGGGGCAAUAGCAUAUACAUCAGUAUCAUCGGCAUACAAGUGCAGGUUACAAUGUUACAGGUUACAAGUCGAUAUUGUUAAUGUAAACUGUAAAAAAUACAGGACCCAGAAUCGACCCCUGCGGGAACACUUUCGUAAUAUCCAGGAAACCUGAAUUAACACCAUCAGUAGAGUUGAGUUCUACAGUGAGGGGAAAAAAGUAUUUGAUCCCCUGCUGAUUUUGUAUGUUUGCUCACUGACAAAGACAUGAUCAGUCUAUAAUUUUAAUGGUAGGUUUAUUUGAACAGUGAGAGACAGAAUAACAACAAAAAAAUCCAGAAAAACGCAUGUCAAAAAUGUUAUAAAUUGAUUUGCAUUUUAAUGAGGGAAAUAAGUAUUUGACCCCCUCUCAAUCAGAAAGAUUUCUGGCUCCCAGGUGUCUUUUAUACAGGUAACGAGCUGAGAUUAGGAGCACACUCUUAAAGGGAAGAUGAGGAAUUUGUACGCUUCAGUUCAUUUACUGUUUUCCAAAAUUUAGAAGGAUCUCCAGCGGAGUCAGAGAUGGAGCUUAAAAAGUAGCUUGAUUUAGCUAGCUUAAUCGAGAGUACAUUUGUUUCUCAAUAAUCUGAAAGAUUGCCAGUCCACUACAGAGUCGGUUUUCCUUGCUUUGGCCCAGGCCUGAUUUCUCAUCUGAAUGAGCUCAGAAAGAUCUAACCAUUUGGUUUUCUUAGGAGCUGUCUUUGAAUUGUUCAAAAGGGACAUAUUUAUCUGCCAGAGGAAUAAUGUUCUAGAGCCAACUCGGGGUAAGGAAUACAGGAGAUAGUGGCUAAAUCAGAGUAGAACGUGUCAUGUAAAAAUCCCUGAGGAGACUUUUUAAAAUCUAUCUUAAUUAAAUUAGGAUUAGUAUUUUGCUGUUUCGUAUCUCUAGUACAUACUAUAGGACAAUGAUCACUGAGAUCAUAUGCAAAUACUAGACAAAUAAUUAUGGGGGUUAUUAGUAAGAAUUAAAUCAAUCAAAAGAGGAGUUAACAGGGUUUUUCACAUUUAGCUGUGUGGGUUUUGAGAGCAAUUGUCAGAUUUAAAAUAAAUGCAUAUACUUUUAAAUUGAUCUGAGGCCGGGGACAGCCAAUCCAGACUGGUGUGGCUCCUGUUGCAGGGUUGUGGCUGCCAUAGGGGGCAGGAGUGCAAAGGCGAAUUGAGUUAUUGCACAUGUUCAUUUCAGUGUAGGCGUUCCGUAACAAAUAUGCAAAUACAUGCUAGAACGUGCCAAUAGGAUCUCGCUAGCUCGUGCUUCACUCUGCCCACCACCUUGCUUGUUCUACCCACUAUGAUUAAUUUGCUCCCAUUGGAAACGACAGGCUGUGGUCUUGAGUUAGUUAAAAAAUCUUUAGCUCAACGAAGGCUCUGCGGCUGAGCUAUCCACAUUCGGAUGUCUUCGGAACCGCUGGCGGUUUCGCAGAGAGAAUCAUCUUUAUCUUCACCGCGCGCACACAGUUCAGGCGAGGUACCCAGGCCAGUAUGCAUGGGUGGAAAGUCCCUGGCCGUCAUUAAGCUUGUGAGUCAUAUGACUGCGGGUGAAAGAUGUGUUUAGGAGAAAGAACUUGAAAGACCAGUGACUUCUUGUAGGCUUGGGCGGUAUACUGGGGUAUUUGGAAAUAGCCAUGGGAUGGUUUUUCAAUAUCGUCAGUACCAUUUGAAACUAUUUAGAAAUGUGAAUAUUUGUAGCUACUUUUUAAGUAAAUACCUGCAGUCAACUUCUGCAAUACGUUAGGAGAUUAAAGAACAUUGCGUUCUUCAUUUCAUCUGUCACAUAAUUUUUCAUGAUGUAGUCUCCAGUCACGGGGUGGUUGUUUACAAGCACACAACGAUGAGAGACCGGAGCCUUGUGAGUCACUCACUGUUGUGCAGCACGCGGCAGGUGAUCUAGUUACAGGAUGGAAUUCACAACUAAAUGUUUGCCAGAUAGACAGUUAACUUAAUAGUUAUAAGAUAUCUCAAAUGUGUUAAAUGCUCUGCAGUUGUGCAUUUAGUUUGCAAAUUUAGUAGCUAGUUAGCUGUCUAGCUAAAUGGUUAGCUUCUUCCAAAAUCAAGCUUCGCUUGGUAACAGCAGAGAAUCCCCUCCUGGAUCAAGAGCCUUGCUGUCAAAUAUUUGUUUUAUUGGUGCACCAAAAUGUGAGUAGCAUUUCUGAGUUACUUGAAAAACGUUGAGCUGGAAUGUCUGUCUUGCAAAUAGUUUAGGUCAGAGACUGUAUAAAAUGUCUGCAGUGCGCUCCUUAGCAUUUAGUUAGCAUUCUCUGUGAUUUUACAUGUACUUGUUAGCAUUGCUAACCUUCUGAUUAGAGUCUCAGUGGGGUUUGAAAAUGGCGCCCCUUGUGUUCAGUGAUUAUAUUACCAAAUAUCUCGGUAUGGCACAAGGUCGGUAUGACAAUCUGGAUACCGCCCAUGUCCAACCUCUUGUGUGCGUGCCCCACACUGAUAUUUGUGGAGGAGGUGUGAGAAUAGGCUACAUGGCUAAUUAGAGUAGUUUGGACAAUAGGCUGGUUAAACCAGACUGACUGACUGGCCUCGCUCUCUGGCAUUCUUUCACUUCAGUUUGGCUAGGCUAGCUCUGUGCUGAACCCCUAUGUCCCCAUGUAUCUCUCAUUCAGGGACUAAAAUUAACACCUGCCAAAUGCGGGUAGAUUUUGGCAUUGGCGGGUCACAUUCCCCAGCCAUGUUGGCAGGUGGUCAGGCUCCACAUUUACAUUUCACUCGCAUUUGUGAAUAAAAAUAGUCAAGUAUGAUCACAUUUAUAGACAAAUUAAUUCUGCAGUAGCUAUUUUCAAAGUAUUUCUACCAUUUUGUUUCAUAGCUGGUAAAUGAUUUGCACAGUCAAAGAACUACAAAUCCUAUAGCCUAUCCCACCUCGCGCUUCAACACUGCAUGUGAAGAGCUGAGUUGAAAGAUUCAUUUUUAGAAGCGUUGCACAAAGGUUGGUCUAAUUUACUUGAAACGAAACUCUACUGAAGUGAGACUUUGUCCUUGUCUCUUGGCUAUUUACACUGAACAAAAAUAUAAACGCAACAUGCAAUGUGUUGGUCCCAUGUUUCAUGAGCUGAAAUAAAAGAUCCCAGAAAUGUUCCAUAUGCACAAAAAGCUAAUUUAUCUCAAAUUUGUUAGUGUGCAGAAGCCUUCGACACCCGAGGAAGAGAAGCAUAGAGCUGGGUUCACUAGUAGAUGUGACAUAUUUAAGAAUUUCAUAUUUUUUGAUAGUAUGAUAGAAAGCUUACGCCUGUCGUAUUGCUGUUUAGAUAUGAUGACAUGUAAAGGAUGUAUGCAGGUGCAUUUCUCCUUUUGCCAAGAUAAUCCAUCCACCUGACAAAUGUGGCAUAUCAAGAAGCUGAUUAAAUAGCAUGAUCAUUACACAGGUGCAUCUUGUGCUGGGGACAAUAAAAGGCCACUCUAAAAUGUGCAGUGUUGUCACACAACACAAUGCCACAGGUUUUGCGGGACCGUGCAAUUGGCUUACUGACUGCAGCAAUGUCCAACAGAGCUGUUGCUAGAGAAUUGAAUGUUAAUUUUUCUACCAUAAGCUGCCUCCGAUGUCGUUUUUUCCCCCCCAAUUUCGUGAUAUCCAAUUGCGAUCCAAUUACGAUCUUGUCUCUUCGCUUCAACUCCCCAACGGGCUCGGGAGAGGCAAAGGACGAGUCAUACGUCCUCUGAAACAUGACCCGCCAAACCACGCUCCUUAACACCCACCAGUUUAACCCGGAAGCAAGCCGCACCAAUGUGAUCGGAGGAAACACCAUUCAACUGACAACCAAAGUCAGCCUGCAGGCGACCGGCAUGCCACAAGGAGUCGCUAGAGCGUGAUGAGCCAAGUAAAGCCCCCCCCGGCCAAACCCUCCCCUAACCCGGACGACGCUGGGCCAAUUGUGCGCCACCCUAUGGGACUCCCGGUCACGGCCGGUUGUGACACAGCCUGGGAACGAACCCGGGUCUGUAGUGAUGCAGUGCCUUAGACCGCUGUGCCACUCUGGAGGCCACUGAGGAGUAUUUCUUUCUGUAAUCUAAAGCACUUUUGUGGGGAAAAACUCAUUCUGACUGGCUGGGCUCCCCAGUGGGUGGUCCUGGCUCCCAAGUGGAUGGGCCUAUGCCCUCCGAGGCCCACCCAUGGCAGCGCCCCUGCCCGGUCAUGUGAAAUCCAUAAAUUAGGGCCUAAUGAAUUUAUUUCAAUCUACUGAUUUCCUUCUAUGAACUGUAACUCAGUAAAAUCUUUGAAAUUGUUGCGUUUUUUAUUACAUUUACAUUUACGUCAUUUAGCAGACGCUCUUAUCCAGAGCGACUUACAUUAUUGUUCAGUAUACCUCUUGCCCAUGCCUCCAUCAAGCCAAUGCUUUUUUAGAUUUGUGGAAAGUAAUGAACAAGUGUACACUUCAGGAGAAAGGAGAUAUUAUUGGGGGACACACCUUGUUUUCUCUGGCUACAUCUGGAGUCUUUCUCUCCGUGGCUCUUUUUAAAAUAAUAUUUCCUUAAAUCCUCGCAUCCUCUUUCCUCGCUGAAAGAACUGACCAGGUGAAAGCCAUCCUAAUGAUGAGCUGAGUUGUCACCAUAUUGUUUAUACCUGUCAAGUCUUUGCCAAUCAGUACAGUUGAAGGGGAGAAGAGGACUGAUUUUUAAGCAAUUAAGGCAGCCAUAUAGGCUCAAGAAUUUAGGAACCUUGGCAAUCACAGAUAGGUGCGAGCCUCAGAGUUCGGGAUGUUGGCAAUGAAGAACUUGAUCUACUUCCCCAGAGUCAGAUGAACUCGUGGAUACCAUUUUUAUGUCUGCUUUCAGUUUGAAAGGUGUGUUAACUAGCGUUAGCACAAUUGGUAACUAGUGCAAUGACUGGAUGUCUAUGGGAACAGUCAUUCCAGUCAUUGCGCUAAUGCUAGUUAGCAUUGGCUCGCGACUGUAUCUAUAACUUCCUUCAUACUGGACGCAGAGACAUACAAAUGGUAUCCAAACUAUCCCUUUAGAUGCACACAAACUCCCCUACCUCUUCAAACUCCUGAAACCAUUGUGAUGGUGCUAAUGCAUUUGUUGAUCUAUUGAGUUUUCCUCAUAGAUGUAAAGACUUACGAAGCGUGGAAGGGAAGCUUACCUCUGGUUUUCGUUGGUCCUUACCUGAUCACUGAGCUGUUCAAAAAGUAAUAGUAAUGUGAUGAAAACAGGCUUUGAUCAACAAGCGCAAACAAUACUGUCAAACUCCAUUGCCUUUAAUAGCCCCACGCUCUAUAACGAUCUAAUCUCUCGUUCUCACGUUUUUUUUAAAACUUGAAACAAGUGUGUUCUGUUGACCGAAAUAGGAUGGUCUUGGAAUUCUGUCUUUUUGAAAUUCUAAAUUCUCCUUCUCUCCUCCAGCGUUGGGGGCAGCCUAUGGCACGGCUAAGAGCGGCACGGGCAUUGCUGCCAUGUCGGUGAUGCGGCCGGAGCUCAUCAUGAAGUCCAUCAUUCCUGUGGUCAUGGCGGGUAUCAUCGCCAUCUACGGGCUGGUGGUGGCGGUGCUCAUCGCCAACAACAUUUCAGAGAAAGUCACGCUCUACAAGUAAGAGCUCAGACAGUGCAGAUGCUAGUUACCCAUUCUCAAGUCUACCGCUAGGCACUGCAUGUCUGAAACGAUCUGAUUGGUAGUAAUAUGGUAUUGGCUCCACUUGAUAGGAUUGGUGGAUUUUUCCCCAUAUUGUUUUUCAGAAGUGUUAGCGAUGUACUACAUCUGUAAACUGAUGGUCUGAUCUCUUUGGGAUGCUAUGACUGCAAUUGUUUUAAAUAUUCCUCUCUCUCCCUCCCCAUCACAUUCUCCUUCUCUCCAACCCAUCUCCAUCCCUCUCCAUCCCUCCUCUCACUUUCUACGCUCUCUCCAUCUCGCUCUAUCCGUCACCUCUCUCCUGUAGGAGUUUCCUCCACCUGGGUGCUGGGCUGAGUGUGGGGCUGAGCGGGCUGGCGGCUGGUUUCGCCAUCGGCAUUGUGGGUGACGCAGGCGUUCGGGGUACCGCCCAGCAACCCAGGCUUUUCGUGGGCAUGAUCCUCAUCCUGAUCUUCGCAGAGGUCCUGGGGCUCUACGGUCUUAUCGUGGCUCUCAUCCUCUCCACGAAGUAG